UGGAUUGGCGAGUUUGAUUGAAGCGUUUGUCAUGCAAAAUGCUCGCCGCGUGAUGGACGAGCGCGUCGGAUGCGACGGAGGAGCCCAAGCCGGCCUUCGCCAUUGGCCGGCCGCGGGUCACGUGGCGUGUCAGCAAGGCGAUAUGAGGGGUGGAGGGCACUUUUCACAGCUUUGACAUACUACCUCCGGGGUGAAGGCGAUUAAUGACUCGACGCGAUGAACUCCUACCUCGACUACCCGAUCUGCAACCGCGGGCCGAACCUUUUCAAGGCCGGAUACCACAACCUCAACCACGGAUACGUGACGCCCAAUGCGUGCGCCGCAGGGGAUAGCUACGGCCAGGAGGGCCGCCUGGUCGCGCCGCACCAGAACCACCAGGACCUUCCCUUGCACCAUCACCACCACCACCACCACCACCACCACCAGACGCACGUCAAUCUGGACCUGCAGUACGCACCACCGGGAAACUCGGUGUACGGCCCCCACGUGGACUACGAACAUCACCAGUACGGCCUGUCCUCGGAGCAGGACCGGGGCUACAUGCACGCGCACUUCACGCCUCUCGGAACCAACAUGCCGCCUUUCACCGGGGACGGCUGCAGCGACCCCGCCGGCGCACACUACUCGCAUUACGGUGGCGCGGAGCAACCGGAGUGUCCCGCAGAAACUUUUUACGCGACCCAGAACAAGGACGUGGACCCCGCGGAGGAACCUUCCAAAACCUUCGACUGGAUGAAAGUGAAGCGGAAUCCACCCAAAACAGCGGUCCUGUCCGAGUUCGGCGUUCCCGGCCAGCACAACGUGAUCCGCACCAACUUCAGCACCAAGCAGCUGACCGAACUGGAGAAGGAGUUCCACUUCAACAAGUAUCUGACGCGGGCUCGCAGGGUGGAGGUGGCCGCCAGCCUGGAGCUCAACGAGACCCAGGUGAAGAUCUGGUUCCAGAACCGCCGCAUGAAGCAGAAGAAGCGCGAAAAGCUGGGCUGCCGAGGGCCGGCGGAGAAGGUCUCUGGGCCUAACCCGCCCCCCGCCGGGCCCCCACAAGGCCGGGGAAACGCAGAACCCAACUCUUGAACUCAAAUUAUGAGCGGAGGAGGCAACAUUCCAAAAAUAGUGAGGAAAAUUUUUUUUUACAAAUGCACGGGAACUUGUGGAAUUUCAGGGUAUACAAAAAACUACUAAAUGUGCUUUUACAUUUUUUUUUACUGCUUUUAUUAAGAUGUAUUAUGUUUGUGUCCAAGCACUGAGCCGUUCAGUUUCACUGUUUGCACUAUUUAUUUGACAGGGUAUUUUACAACAAUCGUC